AAAACAGGUUCACCCUUCCAUGUUCAGUCUACCCUUCCAUUUUUUUUUCUACUCUUCACUAGCUCCACUUAGAUGUGUACUUCACCUUAAUUUCCUUCAAGCCUUCACCGGUCCCUUUCUAUUGAUAUCAUUCAUCCCAUCCAUAUCUUCUUCGUCGUAGCCAUCACACUACUCCAAAUUUCACCCCGAGGGUUAGUAUGGAGGGGAGUUGCAACGUCCACAUCCUCUUCAACCUUCUACUUGACUGCGGCGUUCAGUUCUUCUCGGGGAUAUUUACCAUUCCAGAGGUGGCAUGUUGCUCUGGAGUUGAAAUGGCAGUAAAAAAAGAAGUUGAGUGCUUAUGUACUAGUCCCACGGAUAGGAUGCUUUUAGUCAUCUCAUUGAUCACAUCCAUAGCCAUGAGAAAAGAGAUGAGUGGAGAGAGUUUAGUAUAUGCUCAUGACCCAUCACUUGCAAAUGGCAAUAAUAAUGGUUAUUCUGAAAUCUCCACUGGUCCUUUACCCCCAAGGGUUAGUAUGGAGGCGAGUUGCAACAUCAACAUCGUCUUCAACCUAAACUGUGUUCCGUUCUUCUCAGGCACAUCUUCCAUAUCUGAGGAGGCAGAAGUUGAGUGCUUAUGUGCUAGUCCCACAGAUCUCUUAACUCAUUCUGGUUUGGUAAUAAUGUCAUCCGGGGACGACUUGAUCUCCUCAGAGCAUGUCAUAGUCCUAUAUGGUACUCAGGCUUUGUUUGCAACCACUUGUGCUUAAAUAAAAUCACUUUUUGAUAAAAAGUGAUUAGUAGUAAAAGUUGGUAGUGUUUGGUAAAAUAAGUGUUUUUUGUGUAAUAGAAAAAGUAAAAAGUAGAUUCUACACGAAAGCCGAGAAAGUAAAAGUUGGUUGCAAACAACUGUCAUAUAAUGUUCUUCAUCAAAAUAUUUAUGAGUCGUAGUCCUCUCCAAACAUUAACUUUACUCUUUUUUGUGACCAGAACUCUAUAUUCUUAAUGUUUAAUGUUUAUGAUUUGAGUUUA